ACAGCGUUAGGACGCGCCGUCGUCCGCCGGAAGUGCGCGAGACGUUCCGGGGAGCGGGCGGGCGCCGCGCGUCUGGAGAGGGUCGCAGUCUGAGGGCUGGUACUUGGCUCCGCGUACUCCUCGCCACCGCCGGGAUCAUGGUGUUCUACUUCACCAGCACUAGCGUUAAUUCAUCUGCUUACACUGUUUACAUGGGAAAGGAUAAAUAUGAAAAUGAAGAUCUGAUCAAGUAUGGCUGGCCUGAAGAUAUUUGGUUUCAUGUGGACAAACUCUCUUCGGCUCAUGUAUAUCUUCGAUUACAUAAGGGAGAGAAGAUAGAAGACAUUCCAAAGGAAGUGCUGAUGGACUGUGCCCACCUUGUGAAGGCCAACAGCAUUCAAGGCUGCAAGAUGAACAACGUUAAUGUGGUAUAUACACCGUGGUCUAACCUGAAGAAAACAGCUGACAUGGAUGUGGGGCAAAUAGGCUUUCACAGGCAAAAGGAUGUAAAAAUUGUGACAGUGGAGAAGAAAGUGAAUGAGAUCCUGAAUCGAUUAGAAAAGACCAAAAUGGAACGUUUUCCAGACCUGGCAGCAGAGAAAGAAAGCAGAGACCGUGAAGAACGGAAUGAGAAGAAAGCACAGAUUCAGGAAAUGAAAAGGAAAGAAAAAGAAGAAAUGAAGAAGAAGAGGGAAAUGGAUGAACUUAGGAGCUAUUCAUCACUAAUGAAAGUUGAGAAUAUGUCUUCAAAUCAGGACGGCAAUGAUUCAGAUGAAUUCAUGUGAGAAGAGAAAAGGAUCAUGAAUGAUGUGAAUAUAGAGACAGUUGCGGAUCUUUUUGACUUCAGCUAUGCUCUGGAUUAUUAAAAAAGCAACCAAAUUUCUACCUUUAUUCCUCAGAUACUGAUGUUGGGGUUAAAAAAAAAUUACUUCUUUUUCUUUUCUUUUUCUGACAGAAAAGGAUCAGACAUGCAGACAGCAUAUCAUUUAGCAAAAUGAAAAUGUUUUUGCAAGAAUUAUGUCUUGAUCCUUUAUGAAAGCUGGCAGCUUUUGCUCUUGAGAUAGACUUUCGAACAAACCAGAAAAAUAUUUCUGUUGCUGUGGUCUAUCCCUGAAAACAGAUGUCUUGAAAUGCUUUUCAUACUCUUAAAAUAUCUUCACUUCCGUUAAGAAGAAUGUGUUGAUUGGAAAUAUGCGUGAGCAUGUCCUCAUCCCAGAUUUCUGGAUUAAAAAAAAGGCACAUGGAUUUUGAAGAUGAUAGUGACAUUUUCAGAUUUUUGGCUUCAAUAUUCAUGUUCUAUUGUGACCUGAGUCUGUUGGCAUAAUAAUCCUUACCUCUCAGUGUUUCCCAGCUCCUGCAUCUGUCCUUGCUUCCUGUGAGUGGACACGUCCGUCUUACUUCAUCAUGCUUAAAGAAAUGGUGGGUGUGAGGGCUGAGCUUGGCAGCACAAAGUUAACCCUUGCCACAUGUGUAACAACUUAGGAGAGAAGAGUAGAGCACUCCUGCCUCAGUCCUGAGGGAGAAAGAGGAAGGCAUUCUCUGGAAUCAUUUGGGAGAUUAUCAUUCACUUGAUUUUUGACUUGGGAAGCAGGAUGCAGUAGAAAUCUAUAUUGUAAUUGUAAUUUUUAGUUAGGAUUAAGCAUUUUGCUAGCCAGCCAGAUUUGUUUCUUUGCCUUGAAAUAAUAUUUAUCUUGAGUUGUGACCUCAUAGUUGAUUUUUGGUUGUACAUUCAAUAACUUAAUACAAUACAACUGCUGUUUAUCUGAUCUACCCUGUGUUCAGUGUGAUACAAGAUGAUUAUUAUUCUUUGGCAUGUGUAACACUAACUAUAGAAAGAGACAAAACCAAACAAUGAAAAAAAGAGCAAGACCUACAAAGUAGGAGACGUAAAAACUAUUCCCAGAACUCUGUAUGCAAUGUUUUAUUGUUAGUGUAGUUUAAUCAAGCAAAAAUUAUGUCCUACCUGUGAUGGCUUUGGAACUGUGGAUAAAACCAAAAGACUAGUGUUUCCAUUAAGUUUAAGCUGGCAUGUUAGAACUGGAAAACUCUCUAAGGCAUAACCUGUUGGCCAAAAUUUGAGAGGAGAAGGAAAAUGACUCCAGAGAUUGUUGAUUUUGUGUGUUUGUGUGUGUCUGUCUGUCUGUCUGUCUGUGAUGAUAUUCACAGCCUGGAGUUCUGAAAUUUAAAAGUUAUAAUAAAGUAUCAUAUUUUUAUCGAA